GGACUGCCUAAGCGGGGAGCUGGCGGCGGCUCUGACAGGAAGCCGUUCGCCAUGGACGACCAGGGCUGUCCCCGGUGCAAGACCACCAAGUACAGGAACCCCUCCCUCAAGCUGAUGGUCAACGUCUGCGGGCACACGCUCUGUGAAAGCUGUGUGGAGCUGUUGUUUGUCCGGGGGGCCGGUAACUGCCAGGAGUGCGACACCCCUUUGCGGAAGAGCAACUUCAGAGUGCAACUCUUUGAGGACCCAGCUGUUGACAAGGAGGUGGAAAUCCGGAAGAAGGUGUUGAAAAUAUACAAUAAAAGAGAGGAUGACUUUCUCAGUCUACAGGAAUACAAUGAUUUCCUGGAAGAAGUUGAAGAAAUUGUAUUCAACCUGACCAACAACAUUGAAGUGGAGAAUACAAGAAAGAAAAUGGAGAUGUACCAGAAGGAGAACAAAGAAGUCAUUCAGAAAAAUAAAAUCAAGCUGUCUCGGGAGCAAGAGGAAUUGGAAGAAGCUCUGGAGGUUGAACGUCAGGAGAAUGAGCAACGGCGGCUUUUUAUACAAAAGGAGGAACAAAUGCAGCAGAUGUUGAAAAGGAAGAACAAACAGGAACUUCUGGAUAAAUUGGAAAGUUCUCAUCUGCCUGCCUCUUUGCUGUUAGCCCAACACAAAGACCGGUCUACGCAACUGGAAAUGCAACUUGAGAUCCCCAGACCGGUCAAGCCGGUUGCAUUUUCGACUGGCAUCAAAAUGGGUCAGCAUAUUUCCUUAGCGCCUGUGCCAAAGAUCGAAGAAGUCCUGUACGACUAUCAGCCAUUGUACGUAGAGACCUACGGACCGCCGGUUCCGGAGCUUGAACUGCUGGGAAAAUUUGGGUAUCUAAACCACGUCCGAGCCGCCUCCCUGCAGGAUCUUGCUGGUGGCUACACUUCCUCCCUCGCCUGUCAUCGAGCCCUUCAAGAUGCCUUCAGCGGACUGUUUUGGCAUCCUGGCUAGCUUGGAAGUAACCGACACUGGAGCAGAGCGAGCUAAGCAAAACCUCAGGUGAAAAUCGCUGCCGUCUGCACUACAGCAAAGCUGCCAUCAUCUAUCUUUCUCUUUUUUUAAAAAAAAAAAAAAAGUGCAGCCAGCUGUGCUUAUGUAUUAAAAACUCACCGUACAGAUCCUUCUUUAAAAAAAAUUGUGUUCGUGUUUUUUGUGCGUAGAGAAAUGGUGGGAUUGGGA